UACAUGACACACCACAUAACCGAUUUUCAUUUGUCUCUGAAUCUUAAGCGGGAAAUAGCUAUAAACUGAUACAUAAGCAUUGUAAUUUUUUCCAGUCAUGUUAUUUAUCAUCCAAGCCGCUCUCGCAGCAUUACUUGUUCAAGACUUUCUUAGCUUCUGUUCUGGUGGAUUACAAGGAGAAGACGUGGUCGAGUCGACGGACGAUCUAGCGCCCCCAGCCUGUGGCAAUUGUCGUUUGACAGACCGAGUGGUCGGCACCCCAACCGACCGACAUUGUCCCGAUUUAAGGGAUUGUCAAAGACACACCUGUCUCCAAUAUCAAACUGGCAUCGUGUUUCGGUGUAGAAGAUGCCUAGAAUGGCCCGGCUUAACCAAAUGGCACCCAUGUGACGACAAACAGAUCUAUCAUGAUCAUUGUGCUACCUGUCAACCUCCCUCCGUCAUCGAUCCACCUUGGCCCAUGAUCAGUCCUUCCGAUAAUCAUCCUCAUCGGGUUCAUCGGCCAUCCUCCUCCAGAGCCCCAUCUGCUUCUUCUUCCGCCGCCUCUAAUUCCGUUCAGGUCGACCCUCAUCUCCGGAAUAUACGCUUCUAUCAUUUCUUAUGAUUCCAGCUUCUUAGCUACA